UGAAUUUUUAUUGGCAGCUAGUUAUGCAAAUGGUUGGAGAUGGAAAUUUUUCUGUUUUCUCAGCUGAGCAGAAUAAUUAGUGGAUGGCUAAAGAUUCACAAUUUUCAGGGGGAAAAUCCCAUCUUGAAAUGGGAUCACUAGAAGGAAGAGCGGUACUUCAGCUUGAGGAUGAGAAUCUUGUGGACUCUAAGCAUAAUGAUAGGAGGACAUCUUCUAUGGAUGCCACUCCUCAAAUAUCCGUUUUUGAUACCGAUACAGAUGAUGUCAGUUGUAAAUGUAUGUGGAAUAGUAUACUAAGGCAGAUGCACAUAGUUUUGUUCUCCAAGAAGUUAAACCUACUUAUUCCGUGCGGUCCUUUAGCAAUGCUUGUUGAUACGCUAACUGAUCAUCAUGGAUGGAUCUUUUUUCUUAGCUUGUUAGGAAUCAUACCCCUUGCAGAGCGUUUAGGUUGGGCGACGGAGCAGCUGGCUUUCUAUACAGGGCCAACAGUUGGAGGACUUCUAAAUGCAACUUUUGGUAACGCAACAGAGCUAAUAAUAUCAAUGUAUGCACUGAGAAGGGGUAUGAUUCGUGUGGUUCAACAGUCAUUAUUAGGAUCAAUACUGUCGAAUACGUUACUAGUGCUUGGAUGUGCAUUUUUUGCCGGUGGAAUUGCUCAUUCCACUAAGGACCAGCUUUUUGACAAGGGAAAUGCAGUGAUGAAUUCAGGGUUGCUUCUGAUGGCAGUGAUGGGCCUACUGUUCCCUGCUGUCCUCCAUUUUACACACACCGAGUUGCAUUUUGGGAAGUCAGAACUGGCACUUUCCCGGUUUAGCAGCUGCGUAAUGCUUGUAGCAUAUGGUGCAUACCUGUUUUAUCAGCUGACUAGUCAGAAUAGUCUUUACAUGCCUCUUGCUGAGGAAGAGGGUGAGAAUGACGAGAGCCUAGAAGAGGAAGAAGCCCCCGAGAUAUCAAAAUGGGGGUCAAUUAUAUGGCUUUCGAUUUUGACACUAUGGAUCGCAGUCUUGUCAGAAUACCUGGUUAAUGCCAUAGAGGGGGCAUCAGUUGCUAUGAGUAUUCCUGUGGCAUUUAUAAGUGUCAUACUGCUCCCGAUUGUUGGAAAUGCAGCUGAACAUGCUGGUGCUGUCAUGUUUGCAGUCAAAGACAAGCUUGACAUCUCUUUGGGAGUGGCAAUAGGCUCAUCAACACAGAUUGCCAUGUUUGGGAUCCCCUUCUGCGUGGUGGUUGGAUGGAUUAUGGGUCGUCCUAUGGAUUUGAACUUCCAGUUGUUCGAAACGGCCACGCUUUUCAUGAGUGUCCUCGUAGUAGCAUUUAUGCUGCAGGACGGAACUUCCAAUUACUUUAAGGGACUGAUGCUCCUUCUCUGCUAUUUGAUAGUCGCUGCAAGCUUCUUUGUGCAUAUAGAUCCAGAGGCUAUACAGGACAAGCCCAAAAAAACAUAAUAGGUAACCCGUCGUGGUUUCAGAUCAUGUAGACCUGCUAAAGCUGAAGGGCAAUAAUACAAAUUAGAGUUGCAUAUAUAUAUAUAUAUAUAUAUAUAAAGACCCAUUUCUUCAAGUUUUGGCCACUCUGAGUUGUAUAUAUUAACAACAAUUCAUCUGUUGAUGAUGCUCAGAGUUCUGUAUUACUACCAUCUGUUCAGUUGAGAAGUAUAUGCUGUUUUCUCAGUUUUGUGUGGCAGCUGCUGAUUUAUAAAAAAAAUCGCCUCGAAAAUUGCUGGAUAGUAAAGAAA